AUGGUUCAAGCUAUUCGAGGUCUUCUUGCGCUGCUGCCGUUCGCGGUGCUUCUGCUCGCCACGCUGCAAACCGUCACGGCAGCUCCUUCCGAGGCUCGUCCUGCCUCGACCUUCUCCCAGGCGAUGCGCCGCCGUCGCGCUCUGGCCGCUCGUCAGGAUCUCGUCCCGCGCGCCACGCCCGACGAGAUCGAGCGUGCUUUUGAGAUUCUCAAGCGCUCGCAGUUCUGGAGCGCCGACCUCCAGAAGCGCGCCGCAUCCACUGCUGGCAAGUCGGGCAACAACCAGUGGACUGUCAACGAUGACGAUCAGAGCAUCUGCUUCUGCGUCAACCGCAACGCUGCUGGUGCUGCCGCAUCGGCUCCCGCCGCCUCUGCCCCCGCGUCAUCGGGCUCGUCUUCGGACUCGUCCUCGGGUGCCUCCUCGGGUGGUGCCUCCUCGGGCGCUUCCGCGGGUGCGUCUUCGGGCGCCUCGUCCGGUGCCAAGUCCGGAUCGUACUCGUCGUCUGGGUCCAGCUCGGGCUCGUACGCCGCCUCGGGCUCUAGCUCGGGCUCUGUCUCCCACUCUGGCUCGGGCUCCUCGUCUGGCUCUGGCUCCUCGUCUGGUUCCUCGUCCGGCUCCGGCUCUAGCUCCGGUUCUGGCUCCGGUUCGUCGUCGGGCUCCGGCUCUUCGUCCGGCUCUGGUUCGGGCUCCGGAUACAACCCGACGUACGUGUACAACAACUCGUACGACAACUCCAAGUCCGAGUCGGUGACGAACAACAACACGACCAACAUCGACCAGUCUACGCACGACUCGCACGACACGUACAACACCAACCAGACGACGACGAACAACAACAUCGAGCAGACGAACAUCGCAGGUGACCAGAACAACACGCAGAACAACGUGCACCAGACGAACGUCGCGGGCGAUCAGAGCAACACGCAGAACAACACGCAGAACAACAUCGAGCAGACGAACAACACCGACAACUCGAGCCACACGUACAACGAUAGCUCGACCACCAACGUGGACAAGUCCAAGAACUACCAGGACAACUCGCAGACCGACAGCAACAACGUCGACAACUCGCAGACCAACAGCAACAAUGUUGACAAGUCCCAGACGGACAGCAACAACACCGACCAGUCGCAGCAUUCGACCACUACGACCACUACAAACGAGGGUGGUGCGGGUGGUGAGGGUGGGAACAAGAACACGGGCAUCGAUGCAAGUGGCAGCAAGGCUAAUGUCUGCAUCCUCGCCUCGUGCAAGUAA